CGCGCGCGCGCGCGCACGCGAUACCCGGAACCGCUCCUCACUGAUAACGAAUACACUGCUGGAGGAAAGCCCCGAAUAUCACCGUAGAUACAUGUUUGGAGUUGAGAGAUCUCUCGGAGAUCGGAGACUCUGCGUGCCGAGUGGCACGCGGCACGCAAAUCAAAAGUGGAUUGGGUCACACGACAGGACGCGUCGCAUUCUUCUCGGCAGCGAGUAGCGAGCAGCGCGACGCGAUCGCGAUACGCACCGAUAACCGAUAUGCACGCAACACGCACAGAAAUGCGUAUCACUGUUUCUCGCCGAAAUACCGUACUAGAACUUAAAGCUAGACAACGGGAGAAAUUACUAGUGUGUCGAUCUACCAGAAAGACAAUCUCGCGCGAUGCAACGACGCUCAACUUGUCGUCGGAGCCAAAUACAGGGGAGGGGGAAAUCCGCGAUGUACGUACGUACGUACGUACAUACGAUAUACGAUACUUUGCAAUUUGUAGGUUACGUCGUGUCGCAUCCGCGAGGUCACCAACUAAAUCGGAUUAAUUUUACGCAAUACCGAUGACCGAGCGAGACGUAAUUGUUGAACGGCGACACGUCCGCCGUCCGCCUCCGUAUGUUCCCCUCGAUUAUCCGACAGAACUGCCGUUGCCGUCGUCGUCGACGUGCACGACGAGGAUGAAGAACGCGUACGCGUGGUGGAGACUCGCGAGAAUCGCAAAGUACAGGCUUUUACCUCCUUCUCCUCCUACUCCUACUAUUCCGUGGAUAUCGUCGUUUCACCGAUUCCGACAACGAAGCAACGGGGACGGGUCUACGGCGCUACGGACAAGCUCGUCCGCUAUCGCAGCCGCUGACGACGCCGCCCUCGUCGAUCUUACAGGUCAGGGUGCUUCGCGUGUUAUUCGCGCCUCGACUAUCCGACAGCUAAUCAUGGAGCUUGAAAAUUGUAAUGCACAUGGAGAUCAGGAGAACACUCGGCCUGAUACACCGCAACACGAUAAUGAUCCGAGUGGUAACAAAAAGUGGUACCGGCAAGCCAGCCAAAGGAUCUUCGUCAAUCGGAGUCUUCAUUUGGAGAAUAUCAAGUUUUAUGGCUUUGAUAUGGAUUACACAUUGGCAGAGUACAAGUCACCGCAGUACGAGCAAUUGGGUUUUAAUCUGCUCAAGGAUCGUCUAGUGUCCUUGGGGUAUCCGCAUGAAAUCAAGGCCUUCGAAUACGAUCCCAGUUUUCCCGUUCGUGGAUUAUGGUUUGAUACCUUGUACGGAAAUCUUUUGAAAGUGGAUGCUUAUGGCAAUAUCUUAGUUUGUGUUCAUGGUUUCGAGUUCUUAAAACACUCUCAGGUCUAUGAACUUUAUCCAAACAAAUUCCUACAAUUAGAUGAGUCCAGAGUUUAUGUGCUCAAUACCUUGUUCAAUCUACCGGAAACCUAUUUGCUAGCCUGUCUGAUAGAUUUUUUCACAAACUCGCCGCAAUUUAGCCGAGAAAAAACUGGAGUGAAAGAAGGUGAGCUCACUAUGAGCUUCAAAAGUAUAUUUCAGGAUGUCAGAAGCGCGGUAGAUUGGAUACACCUUCACGGUAAUCUGAAAACAAAGACAAUUGAGAAUUUGGACGAAUACGUAAAGAAGGACGAAAGAUUGCCCAUGUUCCUUACGAGAAUCCGAGAGAGCGGAGCAAAAGUAUUUUUAUUAACUAACAGUGAUUAUAUUUUCACGGACAAAAUUAUGACUUAUUUGUUCGAUUUUCCACACGGUGCAAGGCCUGAUGAACCGCAUAGAAAUUGGAAAACAUAUUUUGAUACAAUUGUGGUGGAUGCCAGAAAGCCAUUGUUCUUCGGAGAAGGGACAAUUUUGCGACAAGUGAACACGAGCACGGGCGCUUUAAAACUUGGUACACAUAAAGGACCACUUCACACAGGGGAAGUGUAUUCAGGAGGUUCGUGCGACGUGUUUACAGAAUUUAUUGGUGCAAAAGGAAAGGAUGUGUUAUAUGUCGGUGAUCAUAUAUUUGGCGAUAUUUUAAAAAGUAAAAAAAUAAGAGGCUGGAGGACAUUUUUAAUAGUCCCUGAAUUGGUUCAAGAAUUGCAUGUUUGGACUGAUAAGUGUCAAUUGUUCGCUGAAUUACAAAGUCUAGACGUUAUGCUCGGAGAAAUGUACAAAAAUUUAGACAGUAGUACAAAGGAAAAGCCAGAUAUCUCUAAACUACGCGCGUCUAUAAGAGAUGUCACACACAAAAUGGACUUGGCUUAUGGCAUGAUGGGUUCCUUGUUUCGCAGUGGAAGUAGACAAACGUUUUUCAGCAGUCAAGUCGUAAGGUACGCCGAUCUAUACGCGGCGACUUUCUUGAAUCUGAUUUACUAUCCCUUUUCGUAUAUGUUCAGAGCACCUGCUAUGCUGAUGCCACAUGAAAGUACAGUCGCACACGAACAGAGAUUUGUCAUGGAAACGCCAAUGAUUAGCCGUUCUAGAACGUUUAAAUUGGCAGAUGAGGAAGAAGAACAUAAUCGACCUUCUUCUAAAAAUUUGUAUGUGGAUCAUUUUAAUAGUCAAAUUCCACAUGCAAGACCAGAAACGCCGCGUAAUGUCACACAUACGCACGAUGAGGAUUGCAGUGAUGAAGAUAGCGAUUCACAGAAACAAGCUAAUCAUAUGAAAAGGUGUACAAGAGACGCAAAUUGCAACUGAAGGAAUAUUUUAUUUUUUAAUCAGAUGCUACUUUUAUCAUCUCACGUAACUGAAAUCAACUAAAAAAUAAAUUGCGAAUAAAACAUAAUAUAUAGCUUAUUAAGUAAGAUAUAUCUUAUGUUUCAAAGAAUUAUAUAGUACAAUAUAUGAUGAUUCACACUCUGUGUUAACAUUUAGUUUUAAAAAUAUGUAUAUACGAAAAUUUAUAUUUUUCAAAGAACAAGUUAAUGCAAAAAUGAGAUUUCAUUUCAUAUAUGUAGAUUAUGUGAAAAAAAAAAUUUCUUAAUACAUAUAAUACCUUUGUAGAGCUGUGGAAUACAGUCAUGUUGACAAUUAGCGCACAAUGCUCAUAUUAUGAAACAUUCAGAUAUUGAACUACACUAUAAAUAUUAGACUUUGUUAGCAUUGUAUAUGCUGUAUAAUAACUUUACAUUUUAUUAUUAAGGCUAAGAAGUAUUAUAUUAAAACAAGUGUUGAUAUAGUAAGAAACAUUGAUGAUAUUAAACUUAUUCUAAAAUUGAGUAUACUAGCCCGCUCUUUUUAUAUGUAAUAGAAGCUUAUCUUGAAACUACACACGUGAAAAAGAUAAAAUAAACGCGAGAUGCAGCAAACCCCAAAUAAACUGUGCAAUUUAGACUAGUGUGUACAGAACGAAAAUAUACGAUCAUAUUCUUUAAAUU